CGGACCAUUUUUGACACCUUUACUAACAUAUAGCACUAUAUGCUAAAAAAAUCACAAAUUAAAAGAUAGAGUUAGACACAAAUCUUGAAAAAAAGUCUCUUGUGAUACAGAAAAUCGGAUCAACGCCAUAAUAAUGAUUUCCAGAAUCUCAGCCGUAUACUUUUUAUACACUAUGAUAACAGAUUUCCACCAGACUUUAUUUGAAUUUUUCAUACAUAAUUUACUAUUUAUAUAUAUAUCUUCACUAUAUAUAUAUUGAGUCACACUUUUCCUUCAUCCAUUCCACGUUUCUUUUAUGUUCGUUUCUUGUUUUAUCUUCCAAUAUCAGCUGAAGAUUCUUUGCAGAAGUUUUGGGUUUUUGGCAUUUUUUUUCAUUUUCAUUUUUCUAGAAAUUAAAAUGGCCAAAAUUAAUGGUGAGUUUUCACCAUGUUUGGAUUCAAAUGAAGUUCAUGUUCUUGCCGUGGACGACAGUCUUGUUGAUCGGAAAUUCAUCGAAAAAUUGCUAAGACUCACUUCUUGCAAAGUGACAGCGGUGGAUAGUGGGAGAAGAGCAUUGCAGUAUUUAGGUCUACAUGAAGAGGAAGGCUCUACAAAUUAUAAUGAGAUAAAAGUGGAUCUGAUUAUUACAGAUUAUUGCAUGCCUGGAAUGACUGGCUUUGAGUUGCUGAAAAAGAUCAAGGGAUCCUCGACUUUUAAAGAAACACCAGUUGUGAUCAUGUCAUCAGAGAACAUUUUGGCUCGGAUUGACAGAUGCUUUGAAGAGGGUGCCGAAGACUUCAUAGUGAAGCCCGUGAAACUGUCUGACGUGGAACGAUUGAAAAGAUCUAUGCAGGGACGAGGAUAGGAUUUUCAAAAUGAACGAAAAAAGUUAUACUCCUAUAUAUUUUUUUUUAUUUAGAAAUAUAAUUGAACGGACAAAAUACAACUUAAAUAUUAUAUCUAGUGAAUGUUGCUAGGAAGGUUCUCACAUUUUCAUUUUCAAUUGGAUUUCAUUUCAUGUAGAAUAUGUGUAAUAAUUCUACCAUCAUAACUUAAAUAUUAUAUCUAGUGAAUGUUGCUAGGAAGGAUCUCACAUUUUCAUUUUCAA